CCCGAUCCGACCGGGGCCUGAAGUACCGACGGCAUGCGCGUCGAAGAAAGAACCGGCUGGCCGGCAGGUGCCCCCCAUAAGUCCCGUGUCCCACAAUUGCCCCCUGGGGGCCCACAGGGCACCGCAGGAGCUGCGAGUCCCAGCGAAGAGUGUGUCCCAUGCGUCGUCGUCAGGAUUCUGGUCUUUUUCGCACGUGCGCAACGCAGUAAGCAUCACCAACGCCGUAGCGUUCAGAAGGUUGGCCGUCGAAAGGGGGGCUACACGCCGUUCGUCUGGAUGCCAGCCAUGACUACCAGUCCCCUGUUGCAGGGACUGCUCGCGGCGUUGCUGGCAUGCACGGACUCUUGUGCCGCCACACGGCCUGACUCCAAGGACGAGAAGCCCAAGGUGCUGGUAUUCGAGGAUCAGAGCUAUGUGGACAUGCUCGCAGAAGGUCCCGCAGGACGACUAGCACGGUGGCGGAUCUCUCGUUCGGUGCAGCGCGCCCACGUAUUGCGAAGACGCUUUGUCGGACGAGACUGUUGUCGCAGUUGUGGGGCAGCCCCGGAACGCGAGCAGCUUGGAGUCCCUGAAAGCACUCCAGCUCGUCCAAAGCACAUUCUACAUGUACCCCCGGCUGGCCACAUUGCCUCCGCACGUCAUUGUGGCCUCUUACCAGUGCGAUUGGCGAGGCGUGUACGGCCUGGAGCCCAUCGCCGAGUUUGUCAUUGCUGGCGCUUUCGAAUGGAAUUACCAGUUGCGCGCCCACAGGGAGGCGUUCGCGAGAUGCGCUUGGGGCCCUGACGCGCCGAAGGAUUGCCCCACGCCGCGUCAGCUCACAGAGCACAGGGUCCUGAUGAACCAGACCCUGGGCGUGCUGGGCUACGGCGGCAUCGGCCGGGCCGUGGCCCGGCGAGCCGCCGCCUUGGGCAUGCGCGUGGUGGCCACCAAGCACUCGCCGCCCUUCGCGCCCACCCCCCCGGGCCUCGCCUGGCUGGGCGGGGACAACGACCGGCUGCUCCGGGAGAGCGACUUCGUGGCGGUGACCGUUCCCGGCCAGCUGCACGGGCUCAUCAACCGCACCUCGCUCGCCCUGAUGAAGAGGAGCUCCGUGCUCAUCCCGGUCUCUGGGCCGCCUGUGGACUACGACGCCCUCUUCGACAGCCUGGCCGACGGGGCCAUUGGAGGCGCGGUGCUGGACGUGUGGUCCCACGGCUGCUGGCGCUACCCCGAGAUGGACUGCGGCCCGCCGUAUGGGCCGCAGGCUCAGCCCGCGCUGCGCGACUUCUCUGCGCUGGAGAACGCGCUGGUGCUGCCAGGCAUGGCGAUGCGCGACGACAAGUUCUGGCUCAACAGCGCCGCGUUCGUCGGCGAGAACCUGGCAAACCUGGUGCGGGGAUUGCCUCUGCUGGGCGUCGUGCGCAACGGCACCGGCGCUGCCCGCAUCGCGCUCGAGGCCGCAGGGGACAUCUUGGCCUGAGGAGCGGGCAUCUCAGAGGCGCCGAUGCGUUGCUCGACGCUCGACUUUGUCUUCGAGAUCGCGGUCAGAAUUACCCCCGCCCCCCCCCCUGGACCUCAGACUUCACCCUGCGUGCCCUGCUCAGGCUCCGCCUGCUCUUCGUUCUCGACGGGGCGCUGCGCGCGGUGCGCUGUCGGCCUCGGCCCGAGACCCCGUGGCGUUGGGUUCGAUACUCAAUCGGCGCGCCGAGCGAGGAGUUUCCCUCCUCAGGCUGUGCA